UUCCUGUGUAACCCUGAGCAGCGGGUUUGGGCAGAGUGCGCGUGUUAUUGCAGGAUGUGGCGAAUGCAGGAGGUGGUGCCGCUCACAGCUCGCGCGGUGACGGUUGGGACAACGAGACGUGGCGCGCACUCAGAGACGGACAGCAGCUAGGAGACUCGAGCGAGUUAAAGUUCGCUUUGAAGGGCGGAAAAUUACGGGCCGACGUCCGCUCCAUACAAGGCAAGGUCGGGUGGGGAGCAGUUUAGGGAGCAGAGCUGAUUCAAUCAUCUGAGCUUCAGGGAAGAGCCCGGAACCAAGCGACGCGACUCGUUUUGUUUUCUGAAAAGAUUUGUUACGUAAAUCGUUUGAGAUGUCUGUGUAGAAACUCUUGUUUCUUUAGUUGUUUAGUUUUUAGUUUUGUUGUUUGUUUUGGAUUUGUUUACUUUGGAGAUGAGUGCGUCAGUGAACGGAGUGGAACCCAAACCCGCACCAGCGGUCAGUCAGAACGGACCGGGUUCUGUUCCUCCGAGCCCCACGAAUGUCAACACACUCGAGCCGGGGCUACCGGACGAGGAGCCGCAGUCUGCGGUGACGGACACCACGCAGAUGGGAAUUAAGUUCGCCAAGACAUUCCUGCUGAUUUUCCCCAUAUACGUGCUGGGAUAUCUGGAGUUCAGUUUCAGCUGGGUGCUCAUCAUCCUGGCCGCGCUGUUUUGGUUCAGACGGAACCAGGGCAGCAGAUUCGCUCGGGUGAACCAGGCGCUGGCGUUUCUGGAGCAUGAGGAGCGAGCGGUGCGUCAGACCAUCCGGAGCUCAGAGCUGCCGCCGUGGGUUCAUUUUCCAGAUGUGGAGAGAGUGGAGUGGCUCAACAAGACUGUGCAUCAGAUGUGGCCAUUUAUUUGUCAGUUUGUAGAUAAACUCUUCAGAGAGACCAUUGAACCAGCGGUGCAGGGAGCCAAUGCGCACCUUAGUACUUUUACCUUCUCCAAGAUAGACAUGGGGGACAAGCCUCUCAGGGUGGAUGGAGUGAAAGUUUAUACAGAGAAUGUAGACAGACGACAGAUUAUUAUGGACUUACAAAUCAGUUUUGUCGGAAACACUGAAAUCGAUGUGGAUAUUAAGAAAUACUACUGCCGUGCAGGAAUCAAGAGCAUCCAGCUUAAUGGGGUGUUGAGGGUCAUCAUGGACCCAUUGCUGGGAGACAUGCCUCUGAUUGGUGCACUUUCUGUGUUCUUCCUCAAGAAACCUUUUCUGGAUAUAAACUGGACGGGUCUUACAAAUAUGCUGGACAUCCCUGGAAUAAAUGGUCUAUGUGACGGCAUUAUUCAGGAUAUCAUAUACAGUUAUCUCGUGCUGCCGAACAAAAUCACUAUUCCGCUUGUAAAUGAAACACAGAUUUCCAAACUCCGCUUCCCUAUGCCAAAGGGCAUUCUGCGGAUUCACUUUCUGGAGGCACAGGACCUGGUAGGGAAGGACACGUUUCUGGGUGGCCUUAUAAAAGGAAAGUCAGACCCGUAUGGCGUCAUUCAGCUUGGUAAUCAGCUCUUCAGAUCCAAAAUCAUCAAAGAUACGGUUAAUCCUAAAUGGAACGAAGUUUACGAGGCAUUUGUGUACGAUAACCCAGAAAAGAAUGUGGUGAUAGAGCUGUUUGAUGAGGACACUGAUAAGGAUGAUUAUUUGGGAAGCCUUACCAUCAACAUAGAUGAACUAGAGAAGGAACAGAAAGUAGAUGAGUGGUUUGUACUUGAUGAUGUUGCUACAGGAAAGCUUCACCUGAAGACUGAAUGGCUUUCUCUUCUCCCUACACCUGAUAAACUCGAAGAGGUUUUAAGCAGCAUUAAAGCAUAUAAAGGGCAGGCCAAUGAUGGACUGUCAUCAGCAUUAUUGUUGGUGCAUCUGGACUCAGCCAAAAAUCUGCCACGCAAUCCUUUAGAAUUCAACAGUGCAGGUCUGAAGAAGGGUACAGUCAAUAAAGCGCUAAAGUCUGGUAAAAAGGUUGCCAGUAUGCCCAGUCCAUUCGUCCAGUUUACUGUGGGACACAAAUCCUUUGAGAGCAAGACAAGAUAUAAAACCAAUGAGCCCAUUUGGGAGGAGGCCUUCGCAUUCCUGAUCCACAAUCCAAAGAUUCAAGAACUUGAAGUGGAGGUAAAGGAUGAGAAGCACGAGUGUUCCCUUGGGACGUUUUCUCUUCCUCUGUCAAAGCUGUUGCAGGAGGAUCAGAUGACUAUCAGUCAGCGUUUCCCACUCAAGAACACAGGACCCGGUGCUACGCUUAAGAUGAAGAUGGCACUUAGGAUUCUGUCUAUGGAUAAGUUGUCCGGAUCGAAUCAGCCGUCCUCAAGUCAAAUCCUCCAGCCUAGCUCCAGCACAACCCCCAACCCCUCUCCUAAGCAGGCCAAUGUUUCAGAGCCCACCCCAACAUCCAAACCCCAGCAGCCGACCCCAGCACCCAGAAACCAACCCACCCCAAAACCCUCCCCGCGAGUGGAAGCCUUGAUAGACAGCAGGCCAUUGGAGGACUCCCCUACCCGUCUGGCUAAAUCAGGGCGGAGCACGUCUAACCUUGCCCUUUCUGGCUCUCAGCUACACCUAAACAACAAAGAGCCGACACCCAGCAUAGCGUCCGACAUCUCCAAUCCCAGCACCGCCCAUGAUCUCCAGAGGACAAUACAACUAUUACAGAAUGGCGCCUCGCCUGGUUUCGCUCCAUUGGGUGAAAUUCAGCUAACCAUCAGACACAGUCCCCAAAGAAACAAACUAAUUGUCGUGAUACACAGUUGCAGGAAUCUGAUCUCUUCUACUGAAAAUGGUUCUGAUCCAUACGUCCGUUUGUAUUUGCUGCCUGAUAAACGACGCUCUGGACGCAGAAAAACAAACACGAUGAAGAAAACAGUGAAUCCUAUCUAUGAUCAAACGUUUGAAUUCAGUGUGUCACUUGUGGAGUUGCACAGAAGAACACUAGAUGUGGCCGUGAAGAAUGGAGGAGGAAUUCUGUCAAAACAUAGAGGGCUGCUGGGAAAGGUGUUAGUUGACUUGACCUCUGAGGAUAUGUCAAAGAGCUCAACGCAAUGGUAUGAACUUUCAGUGGAUGGGGUGAGGCGACAGUCUCCUUAGUCAACGAAACCAACUUACACAUACUGUAUUUAAAAAAAAAACUACAAA